UUCACACAUGCCUGCCAAUCUUAAGCGACGACCAUCUGAUACAUCAGCAUCAAACAUGGAUGAUGGCUCUGAUUUCUCACAACCGUCAACACCAAAGCAGGUUAAGAUAGAACACGAGACAGAAGAGCUGUCCAAAGAGGAACGUCAAGAACGCGUCUUUGCAAACCUGAGACUUCGCCGAAUCGUGAAAGAAAAUCACGGAAGUGACAUCAACCAGCUCUCCUUCUUUUUCAACAAUAAGAACUUUAGCGCUCCAUACGGUAUCGACCAGAGCAAAACCUUUGACAAGAGAGGUUCCGUUCAGAGAGACCAAAGCGAUACCAGUAACAUUUUGGUGACUGUUGGCGGCCCACAGAUUAAUGUGUAUGAUAAUGAGCACUGUGGCGAUCACUUGGAUAUCAUGUCUCAUUUUAACCUUGCUGUGGAAAGCGAAGAAGGAUCACCUCCCAAUAAGCAACUUCAUUCCGCGUGCUGGCUUCAUCGGCCUGAGGAUGCGCUCAUCGCUACAGCUGGAGCCGAUUCGAAGAUUCAUAUUCUCAGUCUGGCUAAUUCCGAAGAACGUGCUAUUCUUUCCGGUCACUCCAAAACGAUAACGGAUUUACAAUCUCAUCCACAAAACGACAGACACAUUCUAUCGACGUCGAAAGAUGGCACUGUCAGACUUUGGGAUGUAGAAGAAGAAAAAUGUUUGGCCAUAUACGAUGUGGAUGCCACGGUUUCGGUUUUCCACCCUUCUGGCGCUACAUUCAUCACUGCUGGAGCUCGAGGUGAAUUUAGAGAAUGGGAUGUCGUCAAUUUGGAGGAUGACGGUAUGGACAGUGGCGAAACAGCUCAAAUCGACAAGAAGCAAUCCCGUUUGCUCAAGAAAAUGCACAAUGACAGCCAAAUUGAUUGUAUAAGAUACGUCAAUGGAAACUUGCUAUCGAAAUCCAUUAACGGAAGAAUGGAAUACUGGGAUCCUGUAUCCGAAAAGAGCAUCAGAUCGUUUCGUGUCAAAACUGGCGAAAACUUUUCCCGAUUCGACGUUAGUUUGAACGAAUCGUUCUUUUGUGUCGGAUCUAACAGUGGUGCUAUUUAUGUGUUCAACCUUCAUACUGGCAAGCAAAUUGCUGAAUUGCAACAUCGCCGUUCCACCAAGGCUGUUCGCUGUUGUGUCUUCACUCGUGAUUGCCGAUCUGUUAUUUGUGCAGGAGAAGAUGGAUUUAUUUGGCGAUACGAUUAUAUUGAUGACGAAAUUCUCAAAGAGUGGGCUAACGGACAAAAAUCGGAUUAAGUACUGUCCGUAGAACCGCGACCGUGUGUACAUUAAACAGGAUGCUUUUUUUUUUU